GCAUAAGGAGAAGCUCCAGUUGACGAAGACCGUCCGAUUACAGCCAGAAGCUUCCCGAGACCUAGAGACUGCGUCGAACCCCCUCGAUCUCCUCCUCCUCCUCCUCCGUCGUCUUCGUCGUCGCCGCUCGGGGUGGUUGGCGGGCGCGUUCUGGUCGCCGGCGAGGCCUAGAUCGGGUUGAUUACGCCGCAUUCGCAGUGCAGGGUAAGGCAGUGGGGAUCUGAGAUGGAGGGAGUGUCGGCGGCGGAGGAGAAGGAGUCGGUUUCGUACAGGUAUUGGGUGAGGGAGGCCACGGGGGACGCUGCGCCCGCUCCGGUCCCUCGGAAGCUCUCUCCCCAGGACGUGGUUUCUGGUUCCCAGUCGCCGGCGACUCUCGGUUCCGUGUGGAAUAAGGCUGGAACUUGGGAGGAGAAGAACCUCAAUAAAUGGGCUUCAGAUAGGAUUAAGGAGUUGCUCACAUCGAUCGGCGCACUGGAAUUCAAUGGUGGCCGUGCAGAGGUGUCAGAAGUGUCGAACUGCAGUGGUGAUGCAUUCCUGGUGACUGUGCGGAACAAGAAAAGGUUUGGUUACACUUACGAGCUGAAGUUAAGAACCAAGGGAGAGUGGACUAUUAGGGAGGAGAAAAAGAAAGUCAACGGUCAUUUGGAGAUCCCUGAGUUUUCAUUUGGUGAGCUAGAUGACCUGCAGAUGGAUGUCAGACUAAGUGAAGAAAAAGAUCUUCUGCAACAAGAUAAGCAGCAGAUCUGUAAGGAUUUGAAACAAUUUUUGCAGCCUGUUCGGGAGAAGCUGCGUCAAUUUGAGGAGGAAUUGAAAUAUAGAUAGUGUUACGUUUCUCACGAUAAGAUAGAUAGUGUUAUGGUAAUUCGACAUUCUCUGGAAGCCUAUAAUUGGGCCGACAGUCUACUGCACAACUGUUUCUCAGUAUUUAUGAUAAUUUGGAUUCAAUGUCACCAACUCAAUGGUUUGGACGCUUCCAGCAUGCAAAAGGCUCUUGUAAUGCCUAGAUGUACUAUAAUUGUUCGACUGACUGUGGCUCACAGGACUUGAUUGUUUUAAGCUGUUCUAUCCCCUUUUAUCAA